AUGACGCCGCGCAGCGUACCCCCUGCUCCCUCAAGUGCGACUCGUGGGCCCUAUAUAGAGGGCCGAAGGGAAGCAGCCGACCGCCGCCGUUCGUCGCUGAUAUACACUGCAUUUGGCUCGUUCGCGGCUUGGUCGGCUACGACGCUCCCCAUUCUGCAAUCAGAGGACUCUCCGGCCCCGAUCACCGCAGACCAGGCCUCGUGGCUGGCUUCCAUCAACUCGCUGACGGGGCUGGUAGCGACGUUCACCGCUGGCUACGCUGUGGACAUCAUCGGCAGGAAGAAGCUGAUUCUCUUCGCCGCUGCCCCACUCCUCGUCUGGUGGCCAAUGGUCGCUUUCGCAAACUCUUACGCAAUGCUGAUGGUUGCCAUGACGAUAGGAAGCUUAUCUGGCGGCCUCAUGGGCAGUCCUUCCACUAUGUUUCUGUGCGAAAUCGCUGACACCGAAUUACGAGGCACGCUCAUGAUGAUCCACACUGUGUUGAUGAACUGCGGCAGCCUUUUCAUGUACUGCAUAGCGCCCUACUUGUCCGUUUCGACUGUUUCCUUCAUGUGCACUGCCGUCCCCAUUAUCUUCGUUGUCACAUUCGUGUGGAUGCCCGAGUCACCGUACUUCUUCCUUCUGCGUAACAGAGAAUCUGAAGCUGUGAAGAGUCUCGUAAGGUACAGGGGCGAGUUGACACCAGAGGAACUGCGCUCGGAGCUUGACUCAAUGUACAGAGCAAUCCGACAGAAGCAAGAGACCAAAGGGAGGCUGAAAGACCUUUUCUUGGUACCAGUGCACCGCAGGACUCUGCUGAUAAUGUUCGGGUUCGUCUUGCUCCAUUUGUCCACUGGUGCAAUAGCGUUUGGUACCUACACGACGUACAUAUUCGAGAAGAGUGGAAGCGGUUUCGACGCAGAUGUGUCUUCCAUCAUCGUAGCGGCCGUUAUGCUUGUAUCGAGUAUUUCGUCGUCCUUCAUUGUUGAAAGAGUUGGCCGGCGGCCACUCGGGAUUCUGGGCCUUACCGGGUGCUGUGUCUGCCUGACCGCCAUGGGCGCCUACUUCUACGUGGACGAGACCCAGGGUGAGGUGCCCUCUGCCUUCGACUGGGUGCCGCUCACAACCGUCAUCGGAUUCAACAUAUCGUUCGGUGUUGCCUCGGCCCCGGCUUUCAUCAUGUUCAUCGGUGAGAUAUUCCACGUGUCCGUGAAGUCCGGCGCCAUAACCAUCUGCAACACGGUGGUGGCGGUCUAUAGCUUCGCUCUGAAGAAGCUGUUCCAGGUGGUGUCGGACAGCGUGGGCGCACACUACUCGUUCUGGGCGUUCGCCGCCAUGUGCGCGCUCACCGCCCUCUACCUGUUCCUGCUGCUGCCCGAGACCAAGGGCAGGACCUUCGCGGAGAUCAGCGACGACAUGGCCGCCCGCCUCGGCGGAGCUCCCCCCUCCAGCUACAACGAGGAACCCACAAAGGCGGCGUCAGAGCUGGCGUUGCCAACUUCUCUUACGGACACGAGCUCUUCCAGCAAUUGUAUCAUUUCUUGCCGUUUAAUAGCAAGCAAGAUGCAGAAGCACAGCCGACGAUUACAGUACAUAGCUGCAGUUACAGGGUCGCUGAUAUACACUGCAUAUGGCUCGUUCGCGGCUUGGUCGGCUACGACGCUCCCCAUUCUGCAGUCAGAGGACUCUCCGGCCCCGAUCACCGCAGACCAGGCCUCGUGGCUGGCUUCCAUCAACUCGCUGACGGGGCUGGUAGCGACGUUCUCCGCUGGCUACGCUGUGGACAUCAUCGGCAGGAAGAAGCUGAUUCUCUCCGCCGCUGCGCCACUCCUCGUCUGGUGGCCAAUGGUCGCUUUCUCAAACUCUUAUGAAAUGCUGAUGGUUGCCAUGACGAUAGGAAGCUUAUCUGGCGGUCUAAUGAGUAGCCCUUCCACUAUGUUUCUGUGCGAAAUCGCUGACACCGAAUUACGAGGCACGCUCAUGAUGAUUCACAUCGUGUUGAUGAACUGCGGCAGCCUUUUCAUGUACUGCGCAGCGCCCUACUUGUCCGUUUCGACUGUUUCCUUCAUGUGCACUGCCGUCCCCAUUAUCUUCAUUGUCACAUUUGUGUGGAUGCCCGAGUCACCGUACUUCUUCCUUCUGCGUAACAGAGAAUCUGAAGCUGUGAAGAGUCUCGUAAGGUACAGGGGCGAGUUGACACCAGAGGAACUGCGCUCGGAGCUUGACUCAAUGUACAGAGCAAUCCGACAGAAGCAAGAGACCAAAGGGAGGCUGAAAGACCUUUUCUUGGUACCAGUGCACCGCAGGACUCUGCUGAUAAUGUCCGGGUUCGUCUUGCUCCACUCGUCCACUGGUGCAAUAGCGUUUGGUACCUACACGACGUACAUAUUCGAGAAGAGUGGAAGCGGUUUCGACGCGGAUGUGUCUUCCAUCAUCGUAACGGCCGUUUCGCUUGUAUCGAGUAUUUCGUCGUCCUUCAUUGUUGAAAGAGUUGGCCGGCGGCCGCUCGGGAUUCUGGGCCUUACCGGGUGCUGUGUCUGCCUGACCGCCAUGGGCGCCUACUUCUACGUGGACGAGACCCAGGGUGAGGUGCCCUCUGCCUUCGACUGGGUGCCGCUCACAACCGUCAUCGGAUUCAACGUAUCGUUCAGUGUCGCCUCGGCCCCGGCUUUCAUCAUGUUUAUCGGUGAGGUAUUCCACGUGUCCGUGAAGUCUGUCGCCAUAAUGAUCUGCAACACGGUGCUGGCGGUCUACAGCUUCGCUCUGAAGAAGCUGUUCCAGGUGGUGUCGGACAGCGUGGGCGCACACUACUCGUUCUGGGCGUUCGCCGCCAUGUGCGCGCUCACCGCCCUCUACCUGUUCCUGCUGUUGCCCGAGACCAAGGGCAGGACCUUCGCAGAGAUUAGUGACGACUUGGCAGCCCGCCUCGGCGGGUAUCCUCCCUCCAGCCACAACCAGGAAGCUACAAAGGCGGCAUCAGAGCUGCCAUUGCCAACUUCUCUUGUUACCAAACCGUGCAAAACUGAAGCCAGUGCAGUGUGA